UGCAUCAUUGUGGAUUCAACAAGGCGUGGUAAAUCUAUGCCAGAUGCUUUGUCAAAAACAAUCCCAAUAUGGUGUGCAGUGAUCAAUGAAGCUGCCAGAUUUACCUAUGAAUUGCCCACCUCAUUCAAGAACACUUUUCGGAUUGCUGAUCAUGUCAUCAGCGAUAGCGAGCGUGAUCAGAUCAAAUCUCGUAUUGAUGGCUGGGUAGAGGAUUUGUUGGACUCACACCUGCAUGUGCCUAGGCUGGAAAAGCCGCUCAAGCCAAUUUUUGUCAGCCGAUCAUUUGUCGAUGCUGAAAUUCAGCAGAUCCGUGAUGGGAGUGCGGACUUUCAUCCUGUGAUCUUGGUGUCUGCUUCGCCGAUGGUGUCCACGCCCGAUCCAAGACCUAAGCAGUACAAGCCUGCAAAAUUCGUAUACGUUCAGGGCUCUGGCGAUGACGAGGAGAUGUGGUCGUGCGAAUUGACGCCGAAAUUGCUAUGGCAACAAGACAACCUUCGAAAAAUCCUCCAAACUCGAGGAAACGAGCAGGCACUACAACAUUGCUUGGAGACAAUUGUCUUGCAAGAGAGACUUGCAAACAUGUCGGUAGGCGUGCUUGACACAAUGACUGCAGAUGUGCAAAUCGGACUUUUCGGUCUCUGGUUCGGACGGAGAGGUAAAAAUCAUACAUUUAGCGAGGAUGAACGCGGUAGAUAUGUAUUGAUCAUACACUCAGACGGAGAAGCUGAAGAGGAUGGAGACAACGACAAAGAAAAAGCAGAGAUUGGUGUACUGAGACUUGGUCUCGAAAGCGGUAAAAGAGGAUUGCAAGAUUUUCGAAAGUGUAUCACAAAAGUCAUUGCUGCCGCCCAAGCAACUCUUCCACGUCAUAUUCUCAUCUGCAGUUCCGAGCACGAUGGUAUCGGAUACGACCUAAAUGGCUCUCUGGCAGUCUGUAUUCUUUCAACAUGCUUUGACGAGGAUAAAAUGCAGCUCGUUGAAUCGGAAUUGCGACAAAAUCUACCUGACGCAUACAUUCCUCACGACUUAAUCAAGGAUGAUAUCCACAAAAGGCUUCAAUGGAUAACAACUUUUGUUCCGCAAGCAAAGCCGCCAAGUAGAAAGCACAUGUUGAGGAUCAAUGAAGUUCUACUC